AGAUGGCGGCUUCCAUUGUAAUCAACAUGUGUAGUUCUAAACAUUUUGUGAUGUCUAUCGUUCUAAGCAGAGCGCUGCAGGAUGUAUGUAGAAGAAAGAAACAAUCGGUUGCAUCGUUAUCAAAUCACUAUCGAAGGUGCUACAGUAGUAAUUCAAACAUCUUAACGCUGAGUGAAAGAGGAAUCUUCAAAGACAUUUUUCCAGUAGCAAACAGCGACUUGCCGAAAAUACUGACCUCUGAACCCCAGUGUUUGUACUGCGGCUUUGACCCCACAGCAUCCAGUCUUCACAUUGGUAACCUUCUAGCCAUCAUUGCAUUAUUACAUUGCCAGAGAGCUGGCCACAGGCCUAUUGCAUUGAUUGGUGGUGCCACUGCGUUGGUCGGCGACCCCAGUGGCAAAACGAAGGAAAGAGAACCCCUACAGUCAGCAGUGGUACAGUCCAAUGCAGCCUCCAUCAAGGACAGUCUGGAGAGGAUCUUCACAAACCAUGAGAGAUAUUUCUGGAAGGAGUCUAAACCCCUUCCCCAGAUCAGAAUUAUGGAUAACCACAGCUGGUAUAAAGACAUUAAUGUUAUCAGUUUUCUCUCUGGUGUUGGUCGUAAGCUUCGGAUGGGAACACUUCUCUCAAGACAAAGUGUGCAGACUCGCUUAGCCAGCAACCAGGGAAUGAAUUUUGCCGAGUUCUCCUACCAACUCUUCCAAGCCUAUGACUUUCUGCAUCUACACAGGGAACAUGGCUGCCUCAUUCAACUCGGAGGAACUGACCAGCUUGGUAAUCUGAUGACAGGUCAUGACCUUGUGAAGAAAGUCACUGGAAAGGAUGUUUAUGGAAUUGCAAUCCCAUUGGUGACCAGUUCCACCGGUGCUAAACUGGGCAAGACUGCUGGCAAUGCAGUAUGGGUUAAUGAGGACAAGACAUCACCCCUUGACCUCUACCAGUAUUUUGUACGGCUUCCGGAUGCUGACAUGGAAAGAUACCUGAAGUUAUUCACCUUUUUGCCCCUAAAUGAAAUCGAUGAUAUUAUCACCAAACAUAAGAAGACACCUAAGAAUCGCAAAGCCCAAGAGAAACUGGCCGAACAGGUUCUGCUGCUGGUGCAUGGAGAGAGUGGUUUAGACAAAGCUAUUCGGCAGACUGACGCCCUGUACAGCACUGAACGACAAAGCUUGGAGCAGCUGAAUGCAACAGAGAUUACAGAGCUGUUCCGAGGAGCCUCAAUCACCAGUCUACUCCUGGAGCCUGGAUACAGUGUGGGGCAGUUACUGGAUAGGCUCAAGUGCCUACCACAAGGAUAUCGUGGAGAGAAGAUUUUACAAGGUGGCGGUGUGUAUAUUAACCACCAAAGGGUGACCAGGGCAGACCAGGUUCUGAUCAAUGGGGAACAUAUACUCAACAACAAUCUCACUCUCGUUAGGAUAGGGAAAAAGAACUAUUAUGUUGUGAAGUGGGUAUGAAGAACCGCUACUCAAGAAUCAACUGGUAGCAUCGAGUGUACCCUGAAG